AUGAAGGGCUUUGUGAGGUCCAUUCUACUCUUGGUUCAGUUUUCACCUGGAUUCUGUAUCACCUGUUAUGAGUGCACUUCAGUACAAGGUGCACAGUGCCGGUAUACGGCAACGUCAUGCCAGUACGGAUUCUUUGGAUGCGUUAAACUUGUCGCUUACUCAGGAGGAGUGGAUAAAUUGGGAAUGUUUCAAGACCAAGACAGGCAUACUGUAACAAUGAUUCAAGGAUGCGCUAUUUUACCAUUUGGAGGAGUGGACAGGUGUGAGCAAACAUCAAUCCUUGGCUAUCGAUUAUUGAAGUGCGUCUGUUUCAAUGACUACUGCAACUCGUCCAGCCACUUCAGGCAAUUCGUCUACCUUUCUUUGUUAGUAGGAAUGCUAAUUUUUAUUGUUAAUAUUUAA